CUCAACGGCUACUUGUCAUGAAAUUACUCUCUCUCAUCGUUUUCUCUCUAAUCACUCUCUGUACUUCUCUCAUCGCUCUCUCUCUCUAGAAAGUAGAAACCUUUCUGAAUGUUAAAACCCUACUUCCAUAUAAGCUUAUGCUUCUCUGAGAUCCUAAUCUAUUGAGCCCUUCUUCAAGACUUUUAACUCAAUGCCCUAAUUCUUCACAUCUUUUUGCAACACAAGAACCUUAAUUUUGCAAAUCUUUUUGCAAUUUCAUAUAUCUAAGUCUGCAAAUCAAAACAAUUGUUCCACAAGCCUCUCUGAAACUCAAAACCCUAGUUACUGUAAAUGGCGAUGGUCACGGCCACUCAGACUGGAGCUUCAACCCCUUCAACCCCUCUUCAUCGUCGAAUGGUACGGAUCAUUGGGAAAAUUGGUGAUUCUCUUGCACCAGAGAAAGAAACCCUAAAUGGGCAACAAAUGCCUUUCAUCUCAGUCAUUGAUGAUUCUAUAGUUCGACUCCGAGAUCAAGAAACAGGUCGUGAUGAAUCUCAUAAACUGGAUUUCUGCUAUGGUCAAGAGGAUGAUAUUAGUAAAAUUUUCUCUAAGGAGAUUGAUCCUUUAAUUCCUGGGCUUUUUCGGGGGCUUAAUUCUACUGUUUUCUCAUAUGGGUCAAGCAACAGCGGGAAGACAUGUACGAUGCAGGGUACUAAUGACAAACCAGGUCUAGUGAUGAUGGCCAUGAACAAAAUUCUGUCUAUGAGUGAUCAAACUGGAAGUUUGGUGAAGAUCUCAUGUUAUGAAGUAUGUUUAGAUCAUUGCUAUGACCUUCUAGAGCCGAAAGAGAAUGAGGUAGCAGUGCUAGAAGAUAAAGAUGGCCAAAUCACACUGAGGGGCCUUGCUCAGAUUUCAGUAAAGUCAAUAUCGGAGUUUCUUGAGAUUUUUUCUCGAAGGUCUCAACAGAUCAAAAGAGUGUCCAAUGGAUUGAAUAAGCGCCAUAGAGGAUUGAUAAUAUGGGUUUCCACCUCUGAUAAUUUCUCUAAUGCUUCUCUCCUCGGAAAGAUGAAUCUCGUAGAUUUAGCAGGAAAUGAAGACCACAGACGUGUGAGCACCGACAACUCAUGUGUUAACGAAAGCGUUAGGAUUAACAAGUCUCUAUUUGCUUUACUUAAUGCUGUCCUUGCAUUGAAUGCCAAUGAGAGCCGGGUGCCAUAUAGAGAGAGCAAACUGACACGAAUCCUACAAGACUCACUUGGUGGAACAAGCCGAGCUUUGAUGAUCGCUCACCUGGAUCCAUUGUCAUACCAAGAAUCGGCAUACACUGUCAACAUGGUUACCCGGCUUUGCCGAACUGGUCGGACUUCUUGCAGUUAUAAGAAAGAUACACCAAGGCCAAAAUUGGAGAUGAGGAAACAUCAGAAUGCCUUGCUUGACACUACAAAUAGGUUUAAGGACAUUAAGAAAUGUGCUCCAUCACCCUCUCCUCUUGCCCGCAAGUCACAUACAUUAUUUUCUCCUACAAUGAAACCCAAGAACUCUGGAUUGCAUUCUAAAGGGAGGGCUCCUGGUGAUCCGGUUAUUGCCAUGAAAAAAAGGGAGUCAUCUGAUGCUGUAACUACCACUGUCUAUACCAUGGAGAAUUAUGUGCAGGAGAUUUGCUCUUCAGAUGUUCUAGUCACUGAAAAGCAAUGCAUUUUGGAAGAGGAUACACACAAACAAAAUGAAGAUGGUGUUAUCCUUCAAAACAACAAUGGUGCUAAUCAAGUUACUAACAGUACGCAUACUCAAAAUGACAACGAUAUUAAAGAAAUUAUAGAUGGUAUCCAGGAUGUACAACUUCUUUCUCAAUCUGAAGAUUUUCCUCAUGGUUCCUCUCCGCCCAUAAGUGCAAGAAUCAGAGCAAUAAGAGAUUCCUUGAAUGCUCUGACAAAUUCUCCGAUUCCCUUCAACCCAAAAACACCUGAUAGGCCUGGAGAUCAAACAUGCAAAGAUAUUUUAGAUUUGAAAACUCCAGAGAUAUCCUCCGAUAUGAAAUUUCAUAAUAAUGCAGUGAAGCUUGGCACUUUUACUCCACUUGGCACUAUUACUCCACUUGACAUGUUCAAUGCCCAUAGCUCUGGAUUAAAGGUGUCUUUAGUUCAGCAAUACUUGGCUUUGUUGAACACUGGCAGCAAAGAGGAAUUGAUGAAACUCAAGGGUAUUGGGGAGAAGAGAGCAGAAUACAUACUUGAACUUCAGGAGGAAGAUCCCAAACCUUUUAAGGAGUUGUCAGAUUUGGCAAAUAUUGGACUUUCUACUAAGCAGGUUUAUGGGAUGCUCAAGAAAACAGCGGGAGAUAUCUUCACACCAGCAGAACCCUGUUAAGGCCUCUUAUAUCAUAGUUUUCUGCAAAUUUUGUUUGUCAUAAUUUUCUACAAUUGGCAACAGGGGGUUGACAUGAAGAAAUUUGUAUGUCAUAAUAUUACUGUUAUGUAGCUAGAUAAGGGAAACACAUUACUUAGUUGAAUUCAAGUGCUUUAUGUGU